CAGAUUGGAUUAGUGAAACCUAUUUACCAGAAGUUCAGAGCGGUUGCAUGAAGCUGAAAGGCAGUCAGGAGGGAGAGGUGGAAAAUGCACCAGAUUUACAGCUGCAGUGACGAAAAUUUAGAAGUUUUCACCACUGUGAUUUCAUCCAAAUCAUGUAGUCCUGCCCGAAGACGAGCCAAAAGUACGCAGCACAUCCUAACAAAGAGUGUGGUAGCCAUAUCUGAUCGCCGGCCCCACAGGACAGAGAAGCUGACGCCCCACCAAGGUGACCUCCUCCAGGUGCUGUGCAGGGAAGACGAGGUGCGGAGCUUGGGCCAUCUGCAGAGUGGGCAGCAGGGACCCUGCCCCUCCAAGGGCACUGCUGCCCAGCACGUAGGAAUUACUGAACAAGAGUCAUCAAAGCGCUAUAAUCACCUGUUGGAUGGAAAAACUUUGCUCCCGCCAUCACCAGUUGCCCAUAUCACAGUGAAAGCGGCGGCUGUCACAGACUCCACUGCAGGUGACGGCACUCCUAAAGACCUUCAUGGGCAGAGCUGGAGGAAGACGGCAGAGUAUGACCUGACCCUGCCACUGGCAGCAGAAGCUUCCCUGCCGCUGACAGGAGGCAACUUGUGCGGAACACCCAGCCUCCUGAGGAAGAUGUGGAUGAAGCACAAGAAGAAGUCAGAGUACCUGGGGGCAACAAACAGUGCCUUUGAAGCAGACUGAUAAGGCUCAGCAUCAUUUGGAAAGACAGAAAGUCCAUUAGCGAGGACAAGGUGCUCUGAGAUCAGUGAGGGAACAGACACAGCACAGCUCAUCCAGGAAAAAAAAAUAUCCUUUUUAUUACUUGAUGCCAUUGCCUCAGAGCAGUAUGAGAAGGGCUAACUAAGGUAAAAAUGGUAAAUGUAAUGCAACUCACUGGCCUUUCUUUGUUGCAGUAUACUAAAAUCUCAAGUAUCCCCCUAGAUCUACAUCUUGGCUCAAUGAUGCUGAAACUACCUACCACUGGCUCAUUCAUCAUUUUACAUGUCCUGUCUGAAUCAGCUCAAGAAAACAAGAAAAGCCUACCAAGCAGUUUAUGUAUUCCUCCAAGGUAACAGAUCAAUGACAUUAAAUCCCAGGGGGCUGCUCAUUGUGUACCACGGCUUCCCCCUCUCAUAUCAAGAAAUUACUACAUCUUACAACAUGCCUGGUUGAAUGACAUAUGCUAACAUCUUCUUUUCUUUAGUUUUGAUGCUUAAAGACAGGAGUAAAAGAUGCAAAAAUUUUAAAAGAAUGGGUCAGAACUGAGCAAGUUUGCAAACACACAUUUACCAAAAUUUUCUAUGUGACAAGUGAUUGGUGUUUCAAAGUGUCCUGCCAGAUCAAACUGUGAGCAACAGGAUAACCUCAGGAGAUACUCUCUUCCAUAGAACCUGCUUAUACAUUAAGUGGUAGUCAGCAACUUACUGUCUGCCUGUGUGGUACAGGAUAUUUCACUAAGUGCACAAAAUAUCAGGAGGAAAGAAAAUACCUAAAUAGUGCAACUAGGUGACUGAACAUGAGAAACUUGCAUAUAGGAGACCCAUGCUUAUAAUAGAUGUAUUUAAUGGAACUUGAUUAAAGUUUUUCUCAAAUUUUUUUUCAAUUUAGAAAUUACUGGUCAUGGGACCUUGGGUUUUCCUCUAAAAAAAAAAAAAGUUUUACAAAAAAGGUUUUGACAGUAUUACAGACAGUAUUCUAUUAGUCAUUAACACUACUUGCCUCAUAUGAGUGCUCCUCUGGUUGUUAUAAAAGACUUUGAUUUGCCUAAAUACAGAACUUUAAAUACAUCAAGGAAGGUUUAGACUGGAUAUUAGGAAUAUCCAAUCCAGUUUAGACUGGAUAUUCUUUACAGCAAGGGUUGUUAGGUGUUGGAAUGGGCUG